AUGGUUGCUCCCUAUCGAGACGACGAGGAGUCCUUUCCUCGACACAUACCCCCUUUGACCGACGAUGAAUCUGACUCCGAGGGUCCCGACGGCACAUUGCAUAUUCGGACGGCCUCCGAGUCCUCGGCGCAGAACGAAACAACAUUACCCGUUCCAGUCUGGCUGCGGGAGUCCGCGAGCAGCUUCAAAUUCAAAUGGGUCCCUGUUUCUGUGAGGAAAGCUGCCAGAUCUGUCGCAACCUGGGUCGAGGGGCCCAAGCCUCCGCGUGAGCUCAAGAUCACUCCAUACUUCGCAAAAAUUCAGCAAGCACCUGUCCAGCUGCUCCAUCGCUAUGUUCCCAGUAAGCGAGGACGCAUCGCCUUGCUCAUAGCGUUGUAUGCGGCUUGGUUCCUGACUUGGUCUCUGAUGCUUAAACAUCAUGCCACCUCGGGCUUUAUCAAGGGCUACGGCCGCCCUCGGAACACCUGGUGUGGUGCAAGCUUCUGGAACGAGGGCAACAACUGCGGCCUAAAUGGGAACAAUUGUCGACCUUUUUCGUCAUCACAUAUGGCAUUCCGCUGUCCGGCAAACUGUGACCAGACACACCUACUCGACUACAGAUGGGUAGGGAACGAGUCAUACAUCUACAGCCCCUACGUUAUUGGAGGGCCGAACCCCGGAGACGCAGACUCGAUGCCCGUCUAUCGGGGGGACAGCUUCAUCUGUCAAGCAGCGAUUCACGCUGGUGUUAUCCCAAGAGAAACAGGUGGUUGUGGUGUCGCCUCACUCAUUGGCACUCACAAUAGUUUCGAGAGCUCCAAAGCCCACGGCAUCAGCAGUAUCUCAUUUCCCGCAAGCUUCCCUCGCUCUUACACCUUUCAAAGCCUGGCCACGUCCAACAAACAGUGCCCUUCUGACUCUCGAUGGCCUCUCUUCGUUGUCACAUGCGUUGCGCUAGUCAUCAUAGGGCUCUUCACGACCUCCCCGGGCGUUUUCUUCUUCUCGCUCUACUUCAUGACGAUGAUGCAUGUCGGCCUCGUCUCGGAUCCACCGAACAAGCCAAACUUCUAUGAGCUGCUCAGCACUCUGUUCGGGAAGCUGUUACCUGGAGGAUUCAUUGCCUACGUCAUUUACAUCACGUCCGCUGUUCCACUGCUGCAGGGGUUGACGGCCCAAGUCGAAAAGACGGUCCUGUACCUGGGGUUUCUUUUCAUUGGUGCCCUGAACAACUACACGUUUGCGCCUAUCAUUCCCCUUGAGCGCCUGACGCCAGAAGAUCUACGUCAGCCGGGAGCUGGCUUCGCGCUGGCGAUCAUUGUUGCUCUGAUUGUGUCAAUCGCCAUUGGCCAAAUUCACUACAUUCGUGUUUCGGGUUACCUUCCGAAGUACCUCGCGCUAUACGCGACCAUGGGUGCCAGCCUCCUCAUCCUGCUUGCCUUACCCGGUGAGAAUUUACGUCUCCACCACUGGCUAUAUUCACUCAUCUUGUUGCCUGGUACCGGGUUCCAAACGCGCCCAGGGCUGAUCUACCAGGGCCUACUGAUGGGUCUCCACAUCAAUGGUAUCGCACGCUGGGGCUUUGGGUCGAUUAUCGAGACUCCUGCCUCCUUGGGAACCGGCAAUGAAGGCCAUGAUAAGGACUGGUGGGGCUCACAUGGGCCCGUGGUCAACGCUACUGUGCCACCGGAUGCCUCCAAUCUCACACUCACAUGGGGCGUCAUCCCGCGCGAAAUAGGCAUCGACGGCGUCAGUAUUCUCAUCAACGACGUCGAGCGCUGGCGCGGAUAUGUCGAUGAGAUGUGGAACCAGGAGCAGGUCACAUUGGAGCGAGGCAAACACGACCUCGAGGAACCUUGGUUUGUGCGUCUGGCUUGGAUGAACGGCGGGAGUACAGGCAGAUACAGCAAGCCGGCUGUUUGGGAGACUAACGGUACCUGGAUACCUCCACCUGAAAGUCACAAGGUGACAUGA